ACCCCGCCCCCAGAUCACGUGACGCCAGUCGGGAGGGCAGGCCGGCGGGGGUCGUUGUGGGCCACGAUUCCUUAACGGAGCGUUCACUUCCCAAGAACUCCACUCUUGAGCGGAUGGUGGGAAGAUUGCGGCUGGGGAAGGAAGGGGCUGAAACAUUCCCCCCCCCACCCCCCGCCCGCCGAAGCCCGGCUGGCCUUUCCUCACGAUGGUGGACUUCCUCGCUGAGAACAAUCUCUGCGGGCAGGCCGUUCUGCGCAUCGUCUCCCGUGGCAACGCCAUCAUUGCUGAGCUCCUGCGCCUCUCGGAAUUCAUCCCCGGGGUGUUCAGGCUCAGAGACAAAGCCGAUCAACAGAAAUAUGGCGAUAUCAUAUUUGAUUUCAGUUACUUUAAGGGGCCAGAGAUGUGGGAGAGCAGGCUGGAAGCAAAGCCAGAGCUGUUGGAUUUAGAUGAAGAGUUUCGUGAAAACAACAUAGAGAUAGUGACGAGAUUUUAUUUGGCUUUUCAGAGCGUGCAUAAGUAUAUUGUGGAUUUAAACAGGUACCUGGAUGAUCUUAAUGAAGGGAUUUAUAUUCAGCAAACGCUGGAAACUGUGCUUCUCAAUGAAGACGGAAAGCAGCUUCUAUGUGAAGCUCUGUACUUGUAUGGAGUCAUGUUGAUGGUGAUUGACCAGAAAAUCGAAGGAGAAGUCAGAGAGAGGAUGCUAGUUUCCUACUACAGAUACAGCGCGGCGCGGUCUUCCGCCGACUCGAACAUGGACGACAUCUGCAAGUUGCUGCGGAGCACGGGCUACUGCAGCCAGCCGGGAGCCAAGAGGCCGCCGGGCUACCCCGAGAGUUACUUCCGCCGGGUGCCCGUCAGCGAAGCCUUCGUCAGCAUGGUCAUCGGGAGGCUGCGGUCCGACGACAUCUACAACCAGGUUUCGGCGUACCCUCUUCCCGAACAUCGUAGUACUGCUCUGGCCCAUCAGGCUGCCAUGUUGUACGUGAUCCUCUAUUUUGAGCCCUCCGUCCUGCACACCCACCAAGCAAAAAUGCGAGAGAUUGUGGACAAAUACUUUCCGGAUAACUGGGUCAUCAGUAUUUACAUGGGGAUCACGGUCAACCUCGCAGAGGCCUGGGAACCUUACAAGGCUGCAAAAACGGCUCUUAAUAACACUUUGGAUCUUUCGAACAUCAAAGAGCAGGCCAGCCGGUCCGCGGCCGUCAGCGCCCGCGUGCACGCCCAAGUGCAGCAGUUUCUCAAGGAAGGCUACCUGAGGGAGGAGCUGGUCCUGGAUAACAUCCCCAAGCUGCUGAACUGCCUGCGAGACGGCAACGUCGCCAUUCGGUGGCUGAUGCUCCAUACGGCAGAGCCGGCCUGCGACCCAAACAACAAACGGCUACGGCAGAUAAAAGACCAGAUCCUGACCGAUUCAAAGUACAACGCCAAGAUCCUCUUCCAGUUGCUGCUGGACACAGCCCAGUUUGAAUUCAUCUUGAAAGAGAUGUUCAGGCAGAUGCUCUCGGAAAAGCAGGCCAAGUGGGAGCACUACAAGGCGGAAGGCUCCGAAAGGAUGACGGAACUUGCGGACGUCUUUUCGGGAGUGAAGCCCCUAACCAGGGUGGAGAAAAACGAAAACCUGCAAGCGUGGUUCAGAGAAAUCUCAAAGCAGAUCCUGUCCCUGAAUUACGACGAUUCCACCGCCGCAGGCCGAAAAACCGUGCAGCUCAUCCAGGCGUUAGAAGAGGUGCAAGAGUUUCACCAGCUGGAAUCGAAUCUGCAAGUGUGUCAGUUUCUGGCAGACACCCGCAAGUUUCUCCAUCAGAUGAUCAGAACGAUUAACAUUAAAGAGGAGGUAUUGAUCACGAUGCAGAUUAUCGGUGACCUUUCCUUUGCUUGGCAGUUAAUUGACAGUUUCACAGCUAUCAUGCAGGAGAGUAUAAGGGCUAACCCGUCCAUGGUCACGAAACUCAGAGCUACGUUCCUGAAGCUCGCCUCUGCCCUUGAUUUGCCCCUUCUUCGUAUUAAUCAGGCUAACAGCCCUGACCUUCUCAGCGUGUCCCAAUAUUAUUCCGGAGAAUUGGUAUCAUAUGUCCGAAAGGUUUUGCAGAUCAUUCCAGAAAGCAUGUUUACUUCGCUCCUGAAGAUCAUAAAGCUUCAGACCCACGACAUCACCGAAGUACCCACCCGUCUGGACAAGGACAAACUGAGAGAUUAUGCCCAGCUUGCCCCGCGCUACGAGGUGGCCAAGCUCACCCACGCCAUUUCCAUUUUCACUGAAGGCAUCUUAAUGAUGAAAACAACCCUGGUCGGCAUCAUCAAGGUGGACCCAAAGCAGCUGCUGGAGGAUGGCAUCAGGAAGGAGCUGGUUAAACGGGUGGCCCUGGCCCUCCACCGAGGGCUCAUCUUUAAUCCCCGUGCCAAGCCGAGCGAACUGAUGCCCAAGCUGAGAGACAUGGGAGCCACCAUGGAUGGGUUCCAUCGCUCUUUUGAGUACAUCCAAGAUUACGUCAGCAUUUACGGGCUGAAGAUUUGGCAGGAAGAAGUAUCUCGCAUUAUCAACUACAACGUGGAGCAGGAGUGCAAUAAUUUCCUCCGAACCAAGAUUCAAGACUGGCAGAGUAUGUACCAGUCCACCCACAUUCCCAUUCCCAAGUUCACUCCCGUGGAUGAGUCGGUCACCUUCAUCGGGCGCCUGUGCCGAGAGAUCCUGCGGAUCACCGACCCUAAAUCAACGUGUUACAUUGACCAGCUGAACACGUGGUACGACCUGAAGAUGCACCAGGAGGUCUCCAGUAGCCGCCUCUUCUCGGAAAUCCAAACCACCUUAGGCACCUUCGGCCUGAAUGGGCUGGACAGGCUGCUGUGUUUCAUGAUUGUCAAAGAGUUGCAGAAUUUCCUCAGCAUGUUUCAGAAAACUGUCCUGAGGGACAGAACCGUGCAGGACACCCUAAAAGCCCUCAUGAAUGCAGUCAGUCCGCUGAAGGGCAUUGUAGCAAAUUCGAGCAAAAUUUACUCCUCGGCCAUUACCAAAACUCAGAAGAUCUGGGGAGCGUACCUUGAGGCUAUCAUGAAGGUUGGACAGAUGCAGAUUUUGAGGCAGCAGAUCGCCAACGAGUUGAACUAUUCCUGCAGGUUUGACUCCAAAUACCUGGCAGCAGCCCUGGAGAAUCUCAAUAAGGCCAUCUUGGCUGAUAUCGAAGCCCACUACCAGGACCCUUCCCUUCCUUAUCCCAAAGAAGAUAACACGCUGCUCUACGAAAUCACAGCUUACCUGGAAGCGGCCGGCAUUCAUAACCCGUUGAAUAAGAUUUAUAUCACGACAAAGCGCCUGCCGUAUUUCCCCGUUGUCAACUUCCUGUUUUUCAUCGCCCAGUUGCCAAAGCUUCAGUACAACAAAAACCUGGGGAUGGUCUGUCGGAAGCCAGCGGACCCGGUCGAUUGGCCUCCCCUGGUCCUGGGGCUCCUCACGCUGCUGAAGCAGUUCCACUCGCGCUACACGGAGCAGUUCCUUGCCCUGACCGGCCAGUUUAUCCGCUCCACCAUGGAACAGUGCACCAGCCAGAAGAUCCCAGAGAUGCCUGCGGACGUCGUGGGGGCCCUUCUGUUCCUGGAGGAUUACGUCCGCUACACGAAACUGCCAAGGAGGGUUGCUGAAGCCCAUGUGCCUAACUUCAUUUUCGAUGAAUUCAGAACUGUCCUGUGACUCUUUUGUGUGGGUGUCGGGGCUGGGGGAUGUUCUGGCAACGCUCUCCCCAUCCAUGAGGUAAACAUGAACUCAACUUGUCAAAACUACAUUCUUGUCUUAAAUGUAUGUGGGGCGGGGUGAACCCCAACCAGUUGAAUAAAAUCUCACAGCACUUAGUACUUCU